AGCUUAUUUCAAUUCUCUGCAGAGGCUCUAACAUGAAAAACAAAAAUCUCAGUGAAAACUGAACCGAAUGGGGAUUGAGCUGCUCUGCCUGUUCCUGCUACUUCUAGGAAGGAAUGAUCGCGUCCAAGGUGGUUGUGCCUGGGGUGGUGCAGAAUCCUGCUCAGACUGCUUGCUCAUGGGACCUCACUGUGCCUGGUGCUCCCAGGAGAAUUUUACCCACCUGUCUGGAGCUGGCGAAAGGUGUGACACCCCAGAAAAUCUCUUGGCCAAAGGAUGUCAAUUACCCUUCAUCGAAAACCCUGUCUCCCAAGUGGAAAUCCUUCAAAAUAAGCCUCUCAGCGUAGGCCGACAGAAGAAUAGCUCUGACAUUGUUCAGAUCUCUCCCCAAAGCUUGGUUCUUAAAUUGAGACCAGGUGGCGAGCAGACUCUGCAAGUACAAGUACGACAAACGGAAGAUUACCCAGUAGAUCUGUAUUACCUCAUGGAUCUCUCGGCCUCCAUGGAUGACGACCUCAACACAAUCAAAGAGCUGGGUUCCCGGCUUGCCAAAGAGAUGUCUAAAUUAACCAGCAACUUCAGACUGGGCUUUGGCUCUUUUGUGGAAAAGCCCGUUUCUCCUUUUAUGAAAACAACACCAGAGGAAAUCACCAACCCUUGCAGUAGUAUUCCCUAUUUCUGUUUACCUACAUUUGGAUUCAAACACAUUUUGCCAUUGACUGAUGAUGCUGAGAGAUUCAAUGAAAUUGUGAGGAAACAGAAGAUUUCUGCUAAUAUUGACACACCCGAAGGUGGAUUUGAUGCAAUUAUGCAAGCUGCUGUGUGUAAGGAAAAGAUUGGUUGGCGCAAUGACUCGCUCCACCUCCUGGUUUUCGUGAGCGAUGCCGAUUCUCAUUUUGGAAUGGACAGCAAGCUGGCAGGCAUCGUCAUUCCCAAUGAUGGGCUCUGCCACUUGGACAACAGGAAUGAAUACUCCAUGUCAACCGUCUUGGAAUAUCCAACAAUCGGUCAACUCAUUGAUAAACUGGUACAAAACAACGUGCUACUGAUCUUUGCUGUAACCCAAGAACAAGUCCACUUGUAUGAGAAUUAUGCAAAGCUCAUUCCUGGAGCCACGGUGGGACUGCUUCAGAAGGACUCCGGGAACAUUCUUCAGCUGAUCAUCUCUGCUUAUGAAGAACUGCGGUCUGAGGUGGAACUGGAAGUGCUAGGCGAUACAGAAGGACUCAGCCUGACUUUCACAGCUCUCUGUAACAAUGGUGUCCUCCUCUCACACCAGAAGAAAUGCUCCCACAUGAAAGUGGGGGAUACAGCAUCCUUCAAUGUGACUGUGAGCAUAUCCAACUGUGAGAAAAGAAGCCGGAGCCUUACCAUAAAGCCUGUGGGGCUGGGGGACACCCUGGAGAUACUCGUCAGUGCAGAAUGUGACUGUGACUGCCAGAGAGAAGUAGAAGUGAACAGUUCCAAGUGCCACAAUGGGAACGGUUCCUUCCAGUGUGGGGUAUGUGCCUGCAACCCCGGCCAUAUGGGUCCUCAUUGUGAGUGUGGUGAGGACACAGUGAGCACAGAUUCCUGCAAGGAGGCCCCGGGGCACCCCUCAUGCAGCGGAAGGGGUGACUGCUAUUGUGGGCAAUGCAUCUGCCACUUGUCUCCCUAUGGGAGCAUCUACGGAACUUACUGCCAGUGUGACAACUUCUCCUGUCUGCGACACAAAGGCCUGCUCUGUGGAGACAAUGGUGACUGUGACUGCGGUGAAUGUGUGUGCCGGGAUGGCUGGACUGGCGAGUACUGCAACUGCACAACCAGCAGGGACUCGUGUGCCUCUGAGGAUGGAGUGCUGUGCAGCGGCCGUGGGGACUGCAUCUGUGGCAAGUGUGUCUGCAGGAACCCUGGAGCCUCAGGACCCACCUGUGAACGCUGUCCUACCUGCGGUGACCCUUGUAACUCUAGAAGGAGCUGCAUUGAAUGCUACCUGUCUGCAAAUGGCCAGGCCCUAGAGGAGUGCAUGGAGAAGUGCAAAGCCACCGGAGCCGCCAUCAGCGAGGAAGAUUUUUCAAAGGAUACUUCUGUUUCCUGCUCUUUACAAGGAGAAAAUGAAUGUCUUAUUACAUUCCUAAUAACCACAGACAAAGAGGGGAAAACCAUCAUUCACAACAUCAAUGAAAAAGACUGUCCCAAACCUCCAAACAUCCCAAUGAUCAUGUUGGGAGUGUCACUGGCUAUCCUGCUCAUCGGAGUUGUUCUACUGUGCAUUUGGAAGCUGCUGGUAUCAUUUCACGAUCGGAAAGAAGUUGCUAAAUUUGAAGCAGAACGAUCAAAGGCCAAGUGGCAAACGGGAACCAAUCCGCUGUACAGAGGUUCCACCAGUACGUUUAAGAACGUGACCUACAAACACAGGGAAAAGCAUAAGGCGGGCCUUCCCACAGAUGGGUAGGCAGACCUACUUCGACCAGAGAAAGUCAACCUCAUACCAUUAAAGGUUAAUGCACUGUUUGAUUUGUCUUUCUUUGUUGCUUCAAAAGCAGGUUGACUUAGGGUAAUAAUAGGUCAUUGGAGAUCAAUCAUUCUCAGCAUGAAGGUGAGACCCCAUUGGCAGGUCUAAGAGAAGAAUAUCCUAAGCGAAGAGGUGAACUCAAGAUGGCUUCAAAAGUAUGAACUGCAUUGCAUUGAUGCCUCAAAAAUCAUCAAAAUGAUUCAUGGGGACUUGACUUGCGUUUGAAAAAUGUUCAGAAUUAGAAUCUCAUUUGCUUCCCGAACCCAGCUACCUAAAGUCUUUCUCUCAGCAAAGUCAUGGAAUCCUUAUGCUUCUAUUAUGUACACACACUGACUGCUUUUUCUAAACUUACAGAAAAUCUCCCAUUUCCCAAAGUCUGCUUGUUUGUUUGGGCUUUUGGUUUUUUUGAGACAGGGUCUCUCCAAAAAGUCCUGGCUGUUCUGGAACUGACUGGGCUGGCCUUGAACUCACAAAGAUCUGCCUGCCUCCUGGGUGCUGAGAUUAAAGGCAUGCUAGAUGAUUUUUAUUUUAUAAGUAUGGGAAAUGAGGUUCUGGUUUCCCAUCAGCAGAAAGAAUAUAGUUCUUCCAGUAAUAUCCCACGUGAAAGGUUGAAAACUAAAUGUUAGUAAUUGCCUUAGAUUGUAUACUUACAAGUCAUGUACACAAAUAAGUGUUUUGUUUCACAGAUGAGGAAGAAGUAAUUUAUAAAUUAUGUUGCUACUCUUAUAUGCUCAAUUUCCCUCUUGUCCCCACAUUUUCCCCCUAUUCUCCCUUAUUUCCUAAUUAUUUCACCCAGUUUUAUAGUCUUCAAACUCUUCACUUGUCAUGUGAAAUUGUCCAUCUAAAAAUAACUUCAAGUUGUUAACUUAUCAAAAAGUUUUUCAGGAACAUAAACAGAGCCUGGGGUAAUAGAAUAAAAGGUCACAUGGCUUUACAUCAAGAGUAUCAAGACUGCAGGCGUCCCUCAUGGAGUCUGCACUUCCCGCUGGACAUUGCUAUCCCAUCGGCAUCACCCAGUAUUCACAACCCGGGUUCAUGGCAUGGAUGUGUCACUUACUUGCUCUAGCAAGUAAAACCACUUACAAAAUCUGCAAUCCAGUAGAGAUUGGCGAGAACAUCUCCAGAGAAUUCCAUUUCUUAUGGUCGCCACUGCAUCAUGAAGCACUUUGCUGUCACUGGAUCUCCACAGAGAAGCUGAGAGAAUAAGCGAAGAGCUGGAGACAGACUCUGCAUCUCCUAACUCCAACCCUCUGAUCUCUUUACUGCAUGUGACUCUUUUGUCAGUAAAAUGAUAGAAGGAUUGUGUUAAUUAUGGUCUAAUUAUCUUAGUUUGAAAGUAUACUGAGAUGAAACAAAAAGCACUUAGGUCCCUGGAAUGCGGGCCAGUUGCUGUAUUUUUGUGCAGUGUGUAUGGCCUUGACUGGAUAGUCCUGUGAAGCCAUUUGGGUGAACAGCUUCAUCUUAGUGGAGGCUUCAUGCUUGUCCACUGAAUUGUCACUUAGUCUCAAAGCUCCCUCACUCCUCCCAGAUACAUCUGUGUACGUUUUGAUUGUCUGGAGUCUUGCUUUUCUGGUUUUGAAAUAACUCAGGUAAAUUAGUCAGUUAGGGAGUACACAGCUAAAUUUAAAUGAAAAAUCCUGAUGAAUCUCCUUGGAUACCUGAACAGUUCAAGACCUUGAUGUCUAGAGCAACCUGCAGAAACACUCCCAGUAAUAUAGCAGUACUGCCACCAGCAUUACACGGGGCUGCGUUUGUGUUGUUGCUGAAAUGAGAUUUUAGAAAAUAGAAGUCUCUUUCAUGUGUGUAUUAGGAAGAAUUUGUUCUUUCUCUAAAUACUGUUUUGACCUAAGGCAGGACCUUGAAAAGGCCAAAACAUUAACAGUAGGGCUUCUGUUCACUGAAGAUGAUGUUACAUGAUGACGAGAUGGUUGUUUUUUUAAGUGGUUUUUAUUGUAUUUUGCAUUGGCAAAAAUAAACAUAAUUUAAACAAUGAA